AUGGACUUUUGUUGUUUACCUGUUGGAGUUAAUCAUUUUUCAUUUGAUGAACGGUGUAACCUUAUUUGUAGAAUAAUGAAACUGUUUAUAUAUUUUACUGGUCAAUUUCCAGAUUUAUCACUCUUAAAUUCUCUUCAAAAUGAAUCAGACAUUGAAUUAAAAUUGGAUAAUUUACACUCAAAGGAAGUAAAACUUUUACAAUCAAUUCAUGAGGUUGAAUCUAAUCUGUUAUCAUCGAAAUCAGAAUCUAUUCUUUAUUUCUUGAUUAUGAUUGGUGGUCUACCAAGUAAUCCAAAACGAGCAUUUCUCAUAGAUAUCAAUGAUUUCUAUCCUAAAACUACAAAUGCCGAUAAAACAGAUGUUUCUUUCAGAGAAUUUUUCGAAUCUCUUGUACAGGUUCCGUUUUUUGAUAAUGUUUUUAAGUGUUCUACUCCUACACGUACUUACAUAUAUAUAUGUACAUCAAAAGAUUUUUCAUCUUCAUGGUUUCUACCUCGAUUACAAUUUCGUUUACCUCGGACUUGUCCUGUUCAUGUAUUGAAAAUUGUUCCUGAUUCUAUAGAUUCUUAUAAUCCUAAAGAAUUACACAAAGUUUUGUAUGAAUCACCAUCUGAACUACGAUGGUAUGCUUCUCCGACAGUUUUUUCCGGAGUUAAACCAAAAUAA